AUGUCAAAGGAAGUUGGAGAUUAUCUUCUUAAAAAAGAAAUUGGAAAAGGUGCAUUUUCAGUAGUUUAUGAAGCAAUAAAAAAAUCAACAAAUGAAGAAGUUGCAGUAAAAGUGAUAGAUACAGCUAAAUCAGAUCCACAAAAGCUUCAAGGUGAAAUUAAAAUAUUAAAAAUGGUUGACCAUCCAUAUAUAAUUAAAUUAUAUGAUGUAUUUGAUGGGAAUGAUGGUAAAUUAUAUAUUAUAACUGAUCUAGUUAAAGGAGGAGAGUUAUUUGAUAGAAUUAGUGAUAAAACAUUUUAUCCAGAAGAUAAAGCAAAAAUUGUUGUUAAACGAUUAAUUUCUGCUAUUGGAUAUUUACAUUCAAUGAACAUUGUUCAUAGAGAUUUAAAACCAGAAAAUAUAUUAUUAAAAAGUCCUGAUGAUGAUACUGAUGUUCGUAUUGCUGAUUUUGGAUUUUCUAAAAUGAUUACUGAAGAUGCACAAAUAUUAUUAACUGCUUGUGGUACACCAGUUUAUGUUGCUCCUGAAGUAUUAAAUGCAAAAGGAUAUGGAAUGGAAGUUGAUAUGUGGUCAAUUGGGGUUAUUACAUAUGUCUUAUUAUGUGGUUAUCCUCCAUUUUUUGCUUCUGUUCUUGGUAUUAAAUAUGAAGGUGGUGUUCUUAUUGCCGCAGAUACACUUGGAUCAUAUGGGUCUAUGGCAUUAUUCAAAGAUUUAGAACGAGUCAUAAAAUUAGGGAAAUACACAAUAAUUGCUGGUUCAGGUGAAUAUUCUGAUUUCAUUGAAUUAAAUGAAACACUACAAAAGAAAGUCAAUGGUGAUGAAUGUUGUGAAGGUAAAGAAAAUGGAUAUAAACCAAGUGAAUUAUAUAGUUAUGCUCAACGUAUUUUAUACAAACAUCGAUGUGAUCAAAAACCAUUAUUUGUUACAUUGAUUGUUGGAGGAGUUAAAAAAGAUGAAAUUUUCCUUGGACAAACUGAUAUGUAUGGUACAUCAUUUACAGAAAAUUAUGUUGCUAGUGGUAUAGGUGCUCAUAUGGCUAUGCCACUAUUACGAAAAGAAUGGAAAGAUCAUAUGUCUCGAGAAGAAGCUGAACAUCUAAUUGAGAGAUGUAUGAAAAUUCUUUAUUUAAAUCAUUGUUGGGCAGGAAAUCAAUAUCUUUUAGGUGUAGUAGAUUCAGAAGGGUCAGAUAUUAUUGGACCAAUUACUAUAGAUACAACAGGUAAAUGGGAUAUAAUUGCUUAA